AUGGAGAUAGAUAAUUGCACUAUAGGUACCUUCGGAGGCAUUCGAGUACCUAAACUCAAGCAUGUGAUGCAUAACGUCUGCAAGGUGCUCAGGUUUUUUGACUGGCAUGGCAUUACCCUUGCUGUGGAGCAUGGCAACCUGGCAGAGAGAGCUGUUGGCUUUCUGGAGUAUUUCCUGUGCCAAUACAAUGACAGUAGUGAAGAGUCAGAAGCCCCUUGUGCUACUCCACUGAUCUGUAGCUUUGGAAGGCCGGUGGACCUGGAGAAGGAUGACUACCAGAAGGUCAUAUGCAACAACGAGCAUUGUCCCUACAGCACUUGGAUGCACCUUCAGUGCUUCUACGAGUGGGAGAGCAGCAUCCUCGUCCAGUUCAACUGCAUCGGCAGGGCCAGGAGCUGGAACGAAAAGCAGUGUCGCCAAAACAUGUGGACAAAGAAGGGGUAUGACCUGGCUUUUCGCUUCUGCUCCUGUCGGUGUGGGCAGGGUCACUUGAAGAAGGACACUGACUGGUACCAGGUGAAGCGGAUGCAGGAUGACAAGAAGAAGAAAUCGGUGUUGGAGAAGAGCACAGGAAGGUCGAUGGCGGAGUCGGCGGAGGAGGCCAAAAAGGGCAGGCCGGCCAACAAGCCGCAGAAAGGCUUGAGUAAUGACCUCCAGCGAAGGCACUCCAUGGACAGGCAGAACUCCCAGGAGAAGGGCGUCAUGGGUGGCAGCUACGGCGUCCGUUCUCCUUGUGUCUCCCCCGGCCAGUCCCCACCCACCGGCUACUCCAUUCUUGCCCCCACGCAUUUCAGCGGCCCUCGUUCCUCCCGAUACUUAGGGGAGUUCCUGAAGAACGCCAUUCACCUGGAGCCCCAUAAGAAGAACAUGGCCGGCGGGGGCAUGUUCAGGAACGCGCACUUUGAUUACGGGGCGGCUGGCUUGCAGGCACACAGGUCGGGACAUUUCGAUGCCCCCGUGCAGUUCUUGAGAAGGCUCGAUCUGUCCGAGCUGCUCACCCACAUCCCCAGGCAUAAGCUGAAUACUUUCCACGUGCGGAUGGAAGACGAUGCCCAGGUGGGCCAAGGGGAGGACCUGCGGAAGUUCAUCCUCGCUGCUCUUAGUGCCAGCCACAGGAACGUUGUAAACUGUGCACUGUGCCACAGGGCCCUGCCAGUGUUUGAACAGUUUCCCCUGGUGGACGGGACCCUGUUCCUUAGCCCAUCGAGACACGAUGAGAUUGAAUAUGAUGUGCCCUGUCACCUUCAAGGAAGGCUUAUGCACCUCUAUGCUGUUUGUGUAGACUGCUUAGAAGGGGUUCACAAAAUUAUCUGCAUUAAGUGCAAGUCCCGAUGGGAUGGAAGCUGGCAUCAGCUGGGAACUAUGUAUACCUACGAUAUUCUGGCAGCAUCUCCCUGUUGUCAGGCUCGACUGAACUGUAAGCACUGUGGGAAGCCAGUAAUAGAUGUACGGAUUGGCAUGCAGUAUUUCUCUGAAUACAGCAACGUCCAGCAGUGUCCUCACUGUGGAAACCUAGACUACCACUUCGUGAAGCCAUUUUCUUCAUUUAAAGUUUUGGAGGCUUAUUGACGAAAGCUUUGCUUUAGUAAUAGCUAUUUUAUGGGUAUUUCAACUUUAUUACAUAUCUUUUUAUAGGAUUCAUUCUGUGAUGAAAUUUAAUUUCUUUUCUAACUGAAAGAGCAGCUUCUUUGUCUGUGUACAUAUUAAUAUGUAUAUAUAUAUAUGUUGUUAAAACCAGAAUCCUCCUGACGAGAUCUCUGUGAAGGUUGGAGGCAAGCCAAUUUAAUGGCCUUUGAAUAUAUCCCGAGUGUGGGGUAAAGUUCAGCUAAAAAUGCUUUGGUUUUAUUUUAUUUUUUGUUGUAUAAUUGUAAUACAGUUUAUAGGAAGGGUGCGGAGAGGCGUACGGAGAAAUAUGUUCGAUUGGAAAGUGGGUCACUGCGGAGGGUCGUUGUCGUCCCUCCGGCUUGGUGGAAAUGGGAAAUCCUUGGAAAGAAACCAUCCCUCUGAAUUACUGCUGAAUUCAUUUGGCCUUUUGCAUCGGUUCCUACGGGCACAGGAGCUGGCCCCAGCAGGUUUCCUUCAGAUUUCCCAAGACUGGCUGAACUAAGGUGUCGUGACAAGUGAAUGUAAAUGUUUGCCAGAAAAUGCAAUCUUGAAACGAAUUGUUAUAAUUUUAUAUAUAUUUUUUUUUUUGGUUUUUUUUUUUGGCAUUAGUGUCUUCCUGCCAUGUGCGUUGCCCUCACUGACGGACCGUACGGCAUUAGCG